AUGGACAACAUGAACUCCUUUGUGGAAUACUCCAUCUGCAACCGACCGGGGACCGGUUCUUAUUCUGCGCCUAAGUCCGGAUACCACCACCACCACCUGCAUCACCACCACCUCCCUCUGGAUCAGCACCAGGGCUUCCCGGUGGCCUCCGGCGCCUUCCACUCGGGCCUCACCGGCUCGUCUGUGUCCGUUAACGGGACAAGGGCUGACAGCAGCGUCGGGGGAGCCGGUUACACCGCGGAUGGAAGGAUGUACGGGAGCACCGGGGCGGACGCGGGCAGUGGGAGCGCGCACGGGUCCACGGGAGCCACGCAGCAUCACCAGCAACAUCCUCCUCAUCAUCACGACCAGCAGCAGCACCAGCACAACGGCUACCACCAUCACCUGAGCCUGCACCAGAACCAGAGCCUGCAGAGCGGGUUACUGUCUCCCUACAGCAGCAGCAGUGGCAGCUCCGGGGCCUACGCGGCUCAGGCCUGCGCCACGAACUCUGACUAUGUUCCCGCGGCGGUUCCUCCCAGCUCCGUCCACCAGCAGUAUUUCGUGGAGGAGUCUGUGGCCUCCUCCUACUACCAUCAAUCAACCUUUCCCAGCUCGGCCCCCUCCGUCGGCCCCAGCUACGGGGCCCUCGCCGGGGCCUACUGCGGGCCUCAGGGCGCUCUAGCCGGGUCACAGUAUCCGCAGCAGAUCGGCGGGGGUCUGGACGCAGCGGGCUACCUGGGGCUGCCACAUGGGGGAGGCUACGGGGAGCUGCCGGUGGCCCAGGACCGAGACAGGGAGGAUGAGGAGGGCCAGCAGGCCGGGCAGGGCCAGACCUUCGACUGGAUGAAGGUGAAGAGGAAUCCACCGAAGACAGCCAAAGUGUCGGACUUCGGCCUCGCGGGCGCGCACAACAACGCCAUGCGCACCAACUUCAGCACGCGGCAGCUGACGGAGCUGGAGAAGGAGUUCCACUUCAGCAAGUACCUGACGAGGGCGCGCCGCGUGGAGAUCGCGGCCACGCUGGAGCUGAACGAGACGCAGGUGAAGAUCUGGUUCCAGAACCGGCGCAUGAAGCAGAAGAAGCGCGAGCGGGAGGGCGCUUCGGCCACCGCGCGCUCCUCCUCCUCCUCCUCCUCCUCCGGUACCGGCGGCAAAGAGCUGGAGGACACCGACCACUCCUCCGCGUCCACGUCUCCAGGCGCGUCCCCGAGCCCGGAGACGUAA